AUGUAACUAAUGUGUGGUAUAAGCAACAUUAUUUGGUUCUGUUGCAUGGCGUCUCUACACCAGUGUUGCCACUACUAAAGUUCCAACUCUUGUACAUACAAUGCUGACAAUAUGCAAAUGGGUACAAAAUCCAAAGUUUUCACAACUACAGCAGCUGUCUUGAUAUAUUAAAAAAAAAAAAUUAAAAAUUUUUGUUAGUGAGGUUAGAAUUUAUAAACCAAGUAGGUUUGUGAUCUCUCUCUUAUCACCUCUCCUGGCAGGGGCUGAACUUGUACCACCUAUCUUUCUUGAGAAGAGGGUUCUUUGAUGUCAUCCUGUGGUUGUUUGUGGUGCGCUAUGUUGUAAGUGCAUGAAGAAUUUAAAUAAGAAAAAAAAAAUCUUCACCAGUCACACUGGACGGAAAUGUUUUAUCUUUUUAUAAUGACACAAGACUACAAUAAUGAAACAUAAAAAUACACUAUCAGGCAUCCAGCAUAUAACAGGCCAAGAUCAUUAAUUAAUACUGAAGUUAAAAUAUUCCUCCAAUGAGUAAAAUGAAUUUGAGGGUAGAAAUAUUUUUAAAGCAAAUCUAAGUUGUUUCGUAUAAUGAGCUAAGUUCUUUAUGCUAGAUGGUAGAUUAUUAAAAAUUUUGAUUCCAAAAUAAUAUGUUCAUUUUUGUGAUUCAGAAAGAUGGACACAAUUUCAAUGGCUAUAUUUCCUGAACUAUAUGUUGCAUUUGAAUUCUGUGAAGUACAUUGGAAAGAGGAUGUCAUAGAGUUUCUCAUACUACUGCUAGAUCACUCCAGCACCAUGUGAGUUGCAAGCGAGAGGCUACUAUGCAACACAAGAUUUUUUGCAUUCGUGAGUCCAGUAAAAGUGAGUUUGCGACUGCGGUGCAGCAUGCAUUUCGUCGUAAGUUUAACAUCCAACGUCCAACGAGGAAGAGCAUUUUUCAUUGGAAUAAACAAUUUGAUGAAACUGGCUCUGUGUAACGAUAAAAGCCUGGGCCCAUCGCGUGUAUCGGAGCGCAUUCAAGUGAGCUUUGAGCUUAGACCAAUGAAGUCAACCCGUAGUGCUAGUAGAGAACUUGGACUAUCAUAAACAACUGUCUGGCGUGUAUUGAGGCGCCGGUUAGUGUACAAACCUUACUGCCUACAACUGGUACAGGCUCUUCGCGCAAACGAUAAGGUAAAGCAUGUAGAAUUUUGUGACCGUAUGCUCAAAAACAUGGAAGAUGAAUUGUUUCUGCCUCGUGUAAUUUUUAGUGAUGAAGCUACAUUUCACCUAACCGGGAAAGUCAACAGGCACAAUGCUCGCAUAUGGGGACUACAAAAUGCCUGUGUGACACUUGAACAUGUGAGGGACAGCCCGAAAGUUAAUGUGUUUUGUGCAAUAAUAUUAAUGAAGGUUUAUGGACCUUUCUUUUUUGAUGAAAACACGGUUACUGGAGUAACAUAUCUUAGAAUUCUGCAAAACUGGCUUGUUCCUCAAAUGAAUGAAGCUUCAGGAGAUUACAUUUUCCAGCAGGACGGAGCUCCAUCCCAUUGGCACCUGAAUGUUCGACGUUUCCUGAAUGAAUCUCUACCUCAACUGGCACUUCAGUUCUGGCCACCGAGGUCUCCUGAUCUCACACCCUGCGACUUUUUCCUGUGGGGAUCCGUGAAAGAUACAGUUUACGUACCACCUCUUCCCACAAAUUUGAAUGACCUAAGGAACCAUAUCAUAGCUGUGGUGAACUCAGUGAUGCAAGAUAUUUGUCAUCAAGUGUGGGAUGAAUUCAGCUACCAUCUAGAUGUUAUCUGUGCAGCAGGAGGGGGGCACAUUGACCGUCUAUAAACUUCCAUGUAUGUAUAAUCACAUGUAAUUUACAGAAUUCAAAUGCAACUUAUAAUUCAGGAAAUAUAGCCAAUUGAGAUUGUGUCCAUCUUUCUGAAUCAUCCUGUACCGUUAAAUUACAUAUUGGAUAAUGGGCAUUUUUAUUGUGUCUUGUAUUAAUGCUAUGAAUCUCAGAGUUAGAUUUAAAUUAUUCUCUUUUUUUUUUAACCAUAAAUAGUAAAAGAGAAAAUAUGUACUGUGAUUGGAAGUGCAAAAUUUUCAGUUUCUUAAACAACUCCGUGUAAGAGUCUCUAUUUCUAGAGUUAGUAGCAAUUAUAAUUACCCUUUCCUGUAUCCUAAAAAUAUGAAUACUAUAAGGAGAAUUGCCCCAUAAAAUUAUACCAUAGGUCAUAACAGAAUGAAAAUAUGAGAAAUAUUGUUGCUAGCAAUAAAAAAUGGUGAAUUUGCAAUAAUGGCAUAGUUUAAUGGAGAAUGAACGUGAAGUUAUUAAUAAUCAUUUAGCUUACCUAAUAUAUGUAGAGGUACCUUGUGACUGUAUGUAAGAAUUGAUAAAAAUGAAUGCAUUAAUUAUGCUAUUAAUUGUUACUUCAGAAAGAAUCCACACUUUUUGUUACCAUAACUGUUACUCUGUAACAAUCAGUUCACUUUAUCUG